UUUUGAAGUUAAAAGAUAAACGGCAAUAAUAAUAUGAUAACUUUUUAAUUCAAUUUUCAGAAAAAUUAGAAAAAUAAAGUGGGAAAAAGAGCAAAUAUUUUGAAUACAAAAUUUUUCAAGUAAAAUGCAAACUUGAAACAUUUAUGUGACUGAGAUAGGAGUUUUGUUUAGACGCUAUAAUAUAUCUAAAACUGAUUACGUGUACUGAAAGUACUUCAAGUUUACUUCUUUACUUUCAUGUCCUCGCACGAUCACGGACAUAUUAUGUUUCCGAGACUAGCGCGCUCUGGUAGCGAUCAUUAAGAGGUUAGAUUUUGUUGCAGGAAGCCUCGUGAAAGAGUGUUGUGUUGGGAAAGGACAUUGUUAAGCUUCUUACGGUUUGUAGCGAUACUUGUCGAUGAAUUGAUCGUUAGUUGCGGACGAAACUCUGAUGCGAAUAUCGAAUCAGGUUCAACUCGCAGUAAUUAUCCCAUUGUUGUGAUAUUUCAUAGUAGGAACGGAUUGCUACUGACAUGGUAUGUCUCUGUAGCAAGGAAAGAAGGCAAUGUGUUAUGGAUACUCGAUUGUAUAGCAUCAUUUAGUUGCAGAAUCCUUUUGAAGAUCUUGGCUCUGCGUUCAUUGUGAUAAGGAUACAACAAACGAUCUGUGAUUGCAAUUAACAAAUCAAAACGAUGAGUAAAACGAUAGAAUCAGUGGAACCCUUGACUGCAAGAAUUUAUCCUAAAUUUGGUCUUCAUUCGAAGAACAUUUUGCGCGUACCGAGACUGCGCAAGAAUGCCAGAAUUAAAAGAUGGGGCCCACGUUAUCACAUGUCCAUACAUAAUGCCGUGUUUAGAAAACACUGUCUGCCUUACACGCCGACCGAGCGACCGGCAAAUCUGAGCGAAGAGAUCAUGGAGUCUGAUCCACUGUACGUGUGCAAGCAUUGCAAAGAUUGCUUUCGCUUUCGAAGCAGCUUCGAGGAUCAUUAUAAACGGCGUAGUUGGAUCUUGGGACUGUGGUGUCAGCACUGUUUUGUAACGGUGUGCACCCAUACGACUAAAAUCGGCUCUGCGUGUCCCACGUGUAGCAAAACGAACGCUGACAAACGCGCGUACUUGCGAUCACAGGGUCUACUUGAUAGAAAGUUUGGAGUCACGAAGAUAUUUUACAAUCAGUGCCAACUGUUUGAACACAUGAAGAUGCACGGUAUUACUUUGGUAGAUAUAGGCGAUCUGGUGCUGAUGCCGAUACCUGCUGGCAUGAGCAGUAGUAAUUGGACCGCGGAGCUCGAGAUAGCGUGCGAGGCAAUAAUGGAACAUACGUUUAUUUUGUGCACGCAUGUUAUGGACUGGCUACGCGUAUUUGACGUGCAGGAUAAAUGGUGGAAACUAAUUGACAAAAAUGACAACGUAAUCGGUAAUCUCGUCAAGAAAUAUCAAGGUCGAGAAGUGUUCAAGAAACUUGAGAAAUCAACGACAAAUCAAUUUACGCAUUUCAUCUCUCUUGGCACUGACGUUAGCAAGAGUCCUGCUGAUGAAUUUGACGACACUAAAGAUACACACAUCUCCGACAAGAAUGUGACAGAGAACGAAGAUAAUCCGUGUAUGUCAAACGAUAUCGCUUUCGUGGAUUGUGGUUCUAUGAUUCCGCAUUAUUUUGAAUCGGAAUCAUCAGUGGAACCGGAAUCAUUAGUGAAAUCGAAACUAGUAGUAGAACCGGAACUAUCAAUAGAAUCGGAAUUACCAGUAGAACCGGAAACAGAACCGUCAUACGUAGUAUCCAAGAAAUGCUCAACCAACGUUAAGAAUAAAGAUAAAAUGAGUAACAAGAGAAAAAUUCCGCCUCAUAAAAAUCUCAGUUUGCCUGAAACAGAUGCAAAGGAUGUUAAGAAUAAAGAUAAAAUGUGUAACAAGAGUAAAAUUCCGCCUCAGAAAAAUCUCAGUUUGCCUGAAACAGAUGCAAAGGAUGUUAAGAAUAAAGAUAAAAUGUGUAACAAGAGAAAAAUUCCGCUUCAGAAAACUCUCAGUUUACCCGAAACAGAUGCAAAAUCUGGAAAUACCGUUAUAGUAAAAUAUUCCAAUAAAAAACUUGUUAAACAUUCGUCCAAAAGUAAUGUGCAGCAACAGAGAGUACGAUCACUCCUAAAGGAGACUGUAGAGAACAGCGUCGAUGAAUCUGCAGUAGAAGCUAAUGAAAGAUUAGAUAGUCCAGUUAAGAUAGAUAUCCCGUUUUCUUCCAAAAAGCAGGUAUUGUCCAAGUUUAAUUCAGAGCAAAAUCUACAGAGUUUAAUAAAAAAUAAUAGUUCCAAUAAACGUAAAUUUAGUAAGGUACUAGCCGUUCAAAGCCCAAAUGAUGCAGAUGUUAUAUCGAGAAUUGGUGAAAUUCCAUCUCAUCUUGUUUUCAAUGAGAAACUGAUCCACAUGGAACAGGAUUCACGCCCGCUCGCGGAUAGGAUUGCUCGUAGCAAGAGUAUAGAAAAACAAUCGAGGACAUCGUCGUUAGGUAACAGCAGAACAGACGAUGAUACGCUAUCACAAGUAACGUGUAAUUCCAUUAAUACCAAAAAGAAGCAAAUGGAUGAUAAAAUCAUGCAAGUAAACAGCAAGAAGUAUCUUACGAAAUCUGCAAAAAAUGUUACAAAGCAUUCGGAAAAUUCUUCUAAUGUAUCGGUGCUACAUGCCUUGAACACUUCAAUCCCUAUCGAUUCUGACGAACCUGAAAUUGUUGAUAUGAAGCAAGCGACUUCACUUCACAACGUCCCCUAUUUAAUGUCAUCGUCAUCGUAUUCUUCUAAUGUAUCGGUUCUACGCAAUGCCUUGAACACUUCAAUACCUAUCGAUUCUAACGAACUUGAAAUUGUUGAUGCGAAGGUUGAUACGAAGCAAGCGACUUCAUUUCACAGCAACCUCCCCUAUGCAAUGUCACCACCAUCCUCUUUCGAGGUACUCAGCAAUGAGUCGUUCGUUAGGAAAAAUUCGAUUACAUCAAAAUUAAUCUCCGUAACGCCUCCGAAGUGGCUUUCGAAGACACAUUUCUUGGAGAAGAUAUCGCUAGUCGAGCAAGAAAAUGGAGAUCUUUACAUGGACACAAACGUAGCAAAUUAUAACAUAAAAGGCCUUAAUCGAAAUAUAUGUGACACAAUAUUUAAGCUGCGGCAAGAAAUGAUUAUUGAGUUUCAGCAUUUGAAUAAUCUCGAAUUGAAGAAACGAAUAGACCAUUUGCAACAGGCUACUGAAGAGACAGAGAAAGUUUUGAAUUUCAUACCGGGCCACAUCCUCAACGAGAAGUUAAGAGCCAUCAAUACUAUGCGGCGUAUAUUAGACGAGAACUUUCAGAAGUGCGAUCAAAAUAUAACAACGAACGAUAAGGAUGAUGAUGAUGAUGAUGAUGAUGCAAUGCUGAACGAAUGGGAAUCAGAGCUAUCAAAGAAUUUGUGUUCAACGUGUGACAAGUUGAUGAAACCUCAAUCGUAUAUUGUUGGAUUUUCGAAAUUACCUAAGAAUGAUGAUAUUUACUGUACUUGCUAUAAAUACGUUUGUCACGAGUGCCGCUCUUGCCAAGAUAACAUGGUGCAGUUUGUCGCGCACCAAAACUUCCACAAGAAGAGGGAACCUUACGUUUGUCCAGAUUGCCGUCUUAACUUCACAUCUGAAAAAUCUUUGGAAGCUCACGUAUGGACCGUUUGCUUACAUGCACUGAAGAAGCGCGUAUUUGCGUGCAAAAUUUGUGAAAUAGACGGCUUCAGGGAUAUGGAAUCAGUUGCUAGACACUUCAUCAUUAUGCACAGCAAUACGAAGAUCGCUUGCGAGACUUGUUUUAAAGUAUUCUCCUCACAUGGCGAGUAUAAAAAGCAUGCGCAGAUGCAUUCACCUGUAUCAGAGCAAAAUUCGGUGAUACGACUGGUUAUAUGCAGACUGACCGGCAUAAUUAUGCGAUACGAUGACUACAUGUCGUACUUGGAGGACUUUUAUGGAAUUCGCAAGUUAAUAUGGUUCAAGUGUCCCCUCUGUCCGUUGACAGUUGUAGAAAAUAAACAUAUGACAUCACUAUUAAACGCUCAUUUACGAAAUGUGCACUUGUUUCGUUUGCCAAUGCUCAUUAGCAAGGAAGCAUUGACUUUAAUUUACGGGAAAAAAUACACAAAGUUAUUUGCAAAGACAAACAAGACUUUAAGCGCGCCUAUACGCGCCGAUAUAAUAGUACCGAAAAUCGUGACUACUGAGACCAUUACUUCAGAAACGUUCGCGUGUGUCUCUCAAGAUUCACAGGAAGACACGAAGCCUGUAAAAACCGAGGAAUUUGUUGACGAAAAUUCACAAACGGCGGAAAAAAUUGAUAAGGAGAAAAUAGAACUGUUACCAAAAAUUCUCAAUGUUCGAUCGAUAGUUGAUCUAAAGCGAUCUGAAUCUAACAAGACAACUGCGAAAAUUGAAACAAAAGAGGAAUUAAGUCUUCAAACUGAAGUAACGAAACCUGAUAGUGGAAAUCUGCUACGUGAACAUGCGAAAGAAGCAAUAGAAACGGACAACAUUAAACCUGAUAUCAACAAAGAGACAACAAAUGCUAAAAGUAAUAACGAAUCAACUGCUUUGCACGUUGCAAAAUCUGAAAAAUCUCCAUCAAGGGAAACGAAUGAUGUUCACUCGCCGCUCGAAUCGAGUAAAAGCGUUUCAAAUUCCGAUUCGGUCUCUAAAGCAAACACAGAUGGUCGUAUAAAGGUAGUUGACAUUAGGAAGAUAUGUAAACCCGAUAUCGAGCCGCUCGUUGUCACCGAGCAGUGCGACUUACAGAUGAAGGAUGAAAACCGUAGCCUUCUAGCAUCCAUCCCGGAACCGCCGCCGCUCGCCAGAAUUCCGCAAUAUUUGCUUAAACCUACGAAAGCUGAGAAUCCGGCUGAUAGAUCAAGGGACGUUGCAAGAUCUUCCGUUUGCAGAAAUGACAAAGCGAAAGGACACAUCGCUAUACACGGGCCAACAGAUAUGCAGGAAGAGGAUGUCGAUUACCUUUGCCACUUGUGUGGUGAACAGAUCAACACUUCGUGGUCCGUAGUGCGGACACAUUUCCGGGAGAAGCACUCGGAUGAGUGCAAGUUGGCGAUAAUUUCUCCGCAGUUGCAGCGGAUUUCACCCGAUUUUAUCAACGGCGGUUACAAGCAGCAUCUUACCAGCAGUAAGAAGCGGAAAUCCGACAGCACUUUAUUUGCGUCCAAGAAAAAACGUCGGUGGACACCGAAGAAGUACGUGGACUUGAGUGUGCCUAUGGGAUUGUGCGUGGAACGAGAAACGGCGGAAGAUGGCGAAGGUAAUUUCAAGUGUAAGAGAUGCGAUCAACGGUGCACAGAUAUGUCCGAUCUGAGAGAGCACAUCGCUGCGAAUCACCGAUUAAAAGGCCAUUACCUCAUAUGCCUGGAAUGUGGCGAGAACUUCGUGGUCGCGCCUAGCUUGCAGAUGCAUCUCAAAGCUUUCCAUGGGAUAGAGGAUCCUAUUAUUUAUAUGAGCCAAAAUCCCUCGUACGCUCCUGACACUGACGGCGACUCGGAAGCGGCAGGGAAAACGACGGUGGCCAAUCAAUGCCAUGUCUGUAUGGCAGUUUUCGAGGACAAAGCUGCGGUGGACAAGCAUCUGAGGGUGCACGGUAUGGCUUUCCUGAAUCGCAAGAGAAUAGAAGCGAGAAAUGCCCAGAAAACUCCCGAGAGAAAUGCCAAUCCGGAGAAGGAUAAACGAAGCGUUGUCGAAGAUAAUUCAAGAGAGACCGUGAAACGAGAUAAGCCGGCGGAAGCAAUCCUAGAGAAACUUAACGCGGUGAUAUAGUUGCGGGGGAUAAAGGAAAACAGUUCUGUAAUAUACUAAAUUCAUUGUUAUAUUAAUUCUUAUUUAUAAGUCUGUAUAAUAUACACGCUCAAUUGUUACUUGUUAUUAUAAAAUGUUAAGUUAUGAAUAUUAAUGGCAAUUAAGUUCAUCUUUUUCACAUGUAGCAUAUUAUUAGUUUACGUAUUUAUAGAUCAAUUGGAUAGAAAUAGAAAACAAUUAUAAAUGAUUAGAAAACAUGAUAAAUGUUUUGAAUGAUUUUGAUAAUUGAAUUUAUCCUAUUGUAAAAAUUUUGUAUUUUCUUUUUUUGCACUAUCUGGAGAAUUGUAAAUUUUUUUCGCACGAUACAUCUAUGCAUAAGAAAACGUUAUAUGUAAUUAAUAUUAAUGCUAAAAGUGUGAUCAUAAUGUAAAUGUAUUAUGUUUAAUACAUAUAAAUAUUUUAAUAAAAAUCCGAAUAAACAAAUAGAAAUUAUAAAAUAAUAUAUAUAAUUUUUUUAUUUUACAGAUUAGUGUAUUAUAUUCUUUGAUUAAAUAUCUAUUAUGCAUGCACAGUAUAAAUUGUGAGAUGGAUAUGGAUAACAAUGUUCAAUACGAUAAGAUGGA